AGUGGGAAGAGAAAAAAGAAAAGAGUAAGAGAGGCAAGGGAGGGUGUAUACACACUUGCUGGAAAGGGACGUCAUAGCCGACCAUAGACGAACAGGCUACCAAAACAUGGCGAGGAAAUAAGUUUACACUGUCUCGUUAGCAGUGUGUCGGAAAAUGUGUUGCCAUUUAAUUGGUAUCAAAUACUCUCGCUAAAGUCAUUAUUUAGAAAUACGAACCAGCUCCGUCGCUUUUAUCGAUCGAGGGCCAAUUGCGGCCGUACAUCAACAGUUUUUCUUCCCACCUUUGGUAAAGCAGUGCAAGCAAGGCGCGAUCACCGUCAACGCCAAAGGAAUGAAAGUUUCUGUGCGGAUAUCGAACAUUCGACGUAGCUAGCUUGCUAUGCGGGCGGUGCGCCAUUUGCUACUUCAAUUGUGGAACAAUUGGAACAAUUUAAGUCUUUUCCGGGCGGAAAUUGCGACUAGCUAGCCAUGCAUGUUUAUUCGCAAUAAAUCUUAUUUUUGAUUUGUGCGUGGGCAGUUAACUGUCAGCCAGCUGGAUAACGUUCGUGUGAUAGCAGCCUGACAGCUCUGCUGCGGACCAGCUUUGUAUUUUGCUGUUAUCAAUAAUUUUGUAAGAUAGCUACCUAGGUACUUGUUCUAACUUUUGUUUAAUCUCACAAACUACAUCUAGAAUUGUGUUGUGUUUGUAAAAACAUUGAAAUAAUCAUUGAUAUCGUUCGAGUCGUUAUGCACCAGUAUCUCAAAUGAACGCAGUAAUAAGAUAGUUCUGCACAAUAUUGGGUCUCUAUAUUAAUACAAUGGGUCAAAGUAGACUAGGUUGCAAGCUAGCUAUCUAACUGCGUUUUGCCUUAUCGUUUUGCCGACUAGAUAGCUAGCCAUCUACAUUAGUAAGUCAAGUCUCCAUCACGGGACCCCCAUCUGUCUCAGUGUGUGGAACUGGGUUUGUUCUGAGAGGGACCUGAUAGCUUAGGACACAACAAGCGUAGGUAAACAUUGGACCACCUGGAUUUUUAACUGGCCACUGCUUUGAUUUUUGUUUAAAUUAUUUGAAACUACCUUUGCCAGCAUGUCUGAAAACGCCCCCACACGAAGCUUGGAUGACAUAGAUCUCGCUGCUUUGAGGGACCCAGCAGGGAUCUUUGAGCUGGUGGAGGUGGUGGGCAAUGGGACCUAUGGACAGGUGUACAAGGGGCGUCAUGUUAAGACUGGCCAGCUGGCUGCCAUCAAGGUGAUGGAUGUGACUGAGGAAGAAGAGGAAGAGAUCAAGGCUGAGAUCAACAUGCUAAAGAAGUACAGCCACCACCGCAAUAUUGCCACCUACUACGGAGCCUUUGUCAAGAAGAGCCCCCCAGGACAUGAUGACCAGCUCUGGCUUGUGAUGGAGUUCUGUGGAGCAGGUUCCGUGACGGACCUGGUGAAGAACACCAAGGGCAACUCUCUGAAGGAGGACUGGAUCGCAUACAUCUGCAGAGAGAUCCUCAGGGGCCUCUCGCACCUCCAUCAACACAAGGUCAUCCACAGAGAUAUCAAGGGCCAGAAUGUACUGCUGACAGAAAACGCAGAGGUAAAACUUGUGGACUUCGGGGUGAGUGCUCAGCUGGACAGGACUGUGGGGCGCAGGAACACCUUCAUUGGCACCCCUUACUGGAUGGCCCCGGAAGUGAUUGCCUGCGACGAGAACCCAGACUCCACCUAUGACUACAGGAGUGAUAUCUGGUCCCUGGGGAUCACAGCCAUAGAGAUGGCGGAGGGAGCUCCUCCUCUGUGUGAUAUGCAUCCGAUGAGAGCUCUGUUCCUCAUCCCCAGGAAUCCCCCUCCUAAACUCAAGUCCAAGAAGUGGUCUAAAAAGUUUAUAGACUUCAUAGAGGGAUGCCUGGUGAAGACAUACACCAGCCGGCCAUCCAACGAGCAGCUCCUAAAGCACUCGUUCAUCCGAGACCAGCCCACGGAGCGCCAGGUCCGCAUCCAGCUCAAAGACCACAUCGACCGCACACGCAAGAAGAGGGGAGAGAAGGAGGAGACCGAGUAUGAGUACAGUGGCAGUGAUGAGGAGGAUGAGAACCGUGGGGAAGACAGGGAGUCCAGUACCUCCAUCCUGAACGUGCCUGGCGAGUCAACAUUGAGGCGGGACUUCCUGCGUCUGCAGCAGGAAAACAAGGAGCGAUCAGAGGCCCUGAAAAGACAACAGGCCCAGCUGGCUGCCCAACGCCGAGACCCAGAGGAACACAAGAGACAGCUCCUGCAUGACCGACAGAAACGCAUAGAGGAGCAGAAAGAACAGCGCCGCCGUCUGGAGGAGCAACAAAGGAAAGAGCGAGAAAUGGUGAGACAGCAAGAAAAGGGACCCCAUCGCAGACUUGACGAUAUAAGGAGGGAGGAGGAUAGGAGGCUGGCCGAGAGAGAGCAGGAGUUCAUAAGACAUAAGUUAGAGGAGGAACAGCGGCAGUUAGAAAUUCUCCAGCAGCAGCUGCUUCAGGAGCAGGCACUGCUCAUGGAGUACAAGCGAAAGCAGUUGGAGGAGCAGAGGCAGUCGGAGCGCCUGCAGAGACAGCUGCAGCAGGAACAUGCCUACCUAGUGUCCCUGCAGCAGCAGCAGGACAAGAAGCCCCAACCCCUCUACCACUACAGCAAGAACCUGGAACCCAACAACAAGCCUGCCUGGGCCCGAGAGGUAGAGGAGCGGAGUAAGCUCAACAGGCAGGGCUCCCCGAAAAUCUGCACCACUGUCUCUGACACUGCAAUCCAAUCCCGCUCAGACUCCGUCAGCCAAUCCGGAGGAGGCCAGGCUGCUCAGACUCCGCCUAUGCAGCGACCUGUUGAACCUCAGGGGGGGCAGGGCAAGUUCCAGAUGGCCCACUUGGUCCCACUGAAGCCCUACGCUGCCCCUGUCCCCCGCUCCCAGUCCCUGUGUGACCAACCCACUAAGACCAUGUCCGCCUUCCCCACCCAGGACCCCUCCCCCACCCCCACCCCCCGCCCUGUCCACUCCAGGGAGCUGGUCCGACAGAACUCUGACCCUACCUCCGAGAGCCCCGCACCUCAGCCUCGCGUAAGGGAGGAGCGCGGCCCCUGGAUCCGCUUGCCUGAGACCGAGCAGCCUCCCAAGAUUCCUCAGAGGACUGCCUCUAUUGCCACAGCACUCAACACCAACCUUUCCUCUGGCAUCAGGCAUCCAGUCAGAGCCAGCAACCCAGACCUCAGCCGCAAUGACCGCUGGGAGAGAGGAGACAGCAUGAACCUGGUGUCCAAUCUGCCCCAGACUGGCUCAUUGGAGAGGCACCGUAUACUCAGCUCAUCCAAAAUGGACUCUCCCAUACUGGGCCAUGACGGGCGUAUGAUCGGGCACAAGCCAGGGGAGUCUCGCACAUCAUCCCGUCCCAGUCGCCCUGCUAGUUACAAGAGAGCUAUCGGAGAGGAUCAUGGGCUAUAUGCUAAGGAGCGUCCCGAAGAGCAGCCCAGACCUCCGGUGAAGGCCAACGACUACUCCUCAUCCUCAGACAGCAGUGAAAGCAGUGAGGAGAGUGAGAGUGGAGAAGGCAAUGAGGAAGACAGCCCCACUGACCGUCCCCGGGAUGCCGACUCUGACUCUGUCAACACCAUGGUGGUUCAUGAGGAGGAGGAGGGGGAGCGCGGGGAGGGGGAGCAGGCAGGAGGCUAUGGGGACCAGACCAUGCUGGUGCAGAGGACGCCAGAGAAGCGAAGCCACAAUGGAUACACCAACCUGCCUGACGUCGUGCAGCCCUCUCACUCCCCCACUGACUCAGCUUCUCACUCAUCCCCUGGCAAAGACUCUGUCUAUGAUUAUCAGUCAAGGGGCCUGGUCAAGGCAUCAAGUGGGAAAUCCUCCUUCACCACCUUUGUUGACCUGGGCAUGUACCAGCCACCAGGUGGCACUGCUGAUGCCAUCUCUGUGGGCAGUCUGGGCUCUAGGUUUGAGCAGCUGAAGAUGGAGGUGAGGAAAGGCUCCAUGGUCAACGUGAACCCCACUAACACACGCCCCCACAGCGAUACUCCGGAGAUCCGCAAGUACAAGAAGAGGUUCAACUCUGAGAUCCUCUGUGCUGCUCUUUGGGGUGUGAACCUGCUGGUGGGGACAGAGAACGGUCUGAAGCUGUUGGACCGCAGUGGUCAGGGGAAGGUCUACCCUCUCAUCAACUCCCGCCGGUUCCAGCAGAUGGAUGUCCUGGAGGGACUCAACCUACUCAUCACCAUAUCAGGUAAGAAAAACAAGGUGCGUGUAUACUACCUGGCCUGGCUGAGGAACAAGAUCUUGCACAACGACCCGGAGGUUGAGAAGAAGCAGGGAUGGACCACCGUGGGGGAGAUGGAAGGUUGCGUGCACUACAAAGUGGUGAAAUAUGAGAGGAUCAAGUUCCUAGUGAUAGCCAUGAAGAAUGCGGUGGAGGUAUAUGCCUGGGCUCCCAAGCCUUAUCAUAAAUUCAUGGCAUUCAAGUCCUUUGGUGACCUGCCUCACAGGCCCCAGCUGGUGGACCUCACAGUGGAGGAGGGUCAGAGAUUAAAGGUCAUCUAUGGCUCUAGUGCUGGGUUCCAUGCAAUUGAUGUGGACUCGGGGAACAAUUAUGACAUCUACAUCCCAGUUCAUAUCCAGAGCCAGAUAACGCCCCAUGCCAUUGUGUUCCUACCCAGCUCAGAUGGCAUGGAGAUGCUGCUGUGCUACGAGGAUGAGGGCGUCUAUGUCAACACCUAUGGACGCAUCAUCAAAGACGUGGUGCUGCAGUGGGGCGAGAUGCCCACCUCAGUCGCCCAUAUCUGCUCUAACCAGAUCAUGGGCUGGGGGGAGAAGGCCAUCGAGAUCCGUGCUGUAGAGACAGGCCACUUGGAUGGAGUCUUCAUGCACAAAAGAGCCCAAAGGCUCAAGUUCCUCUGUGAGAGAAAUGACAAGGUGUUCUUCGCGUCGGUGCGCUCCGGAGGCAGCAGUCAAGUCUACUUCAUGACUCUGAACAGGAACUGCAUCAUGAACUGGUGAAUAGACAUAGUCCCAUAGUCAGUGUAUGGAGUCCACCAGGCCAAGCAAAAUGACACCACAGCUCCCUCGCAAUGACACACCACACAGGUCCACACUCGACACACAGCACACGCAGGCCUACUGUAAAGCCAUUCCAGCCUAAACUUUAAAUGAGAGAGUCUAAUCUGCCACCUGCUGACUCCGCUACUGGAAUGAUACAGUCGCUACCUAUGAGACCAUCACCACAGGCUUCUAAUGUAAUAUCAUCUCUACUUUGUAACUGUAUAUACUUCUCCUGUAUUAUUGUACCUCAGUCACUUGGUGGAAAUGUGUUAAGUCGUAACUAUUAUUGUUCUUCUAAGUGGGGUGUGUUAAUAACAUUCCUUACUGGCGAAAUACAUUUUGAAGAAGGCAUGGCGAAUCCGUAUACAAUACCAGUCGAAGGUUUGGACACACCUCAUUCAAGGUUAUUUCUUGAAUGUUUUGCUAUUUUCCACAUUGUAGUGUAUUAGUGAAGACAUCAAAACUAUGAAAUAACACAUGGAACCACGUAGUGCCCAAAAGAAUGUUAAACGAGUCAAGUUAAGUUUUAGAUUCUUCAAAGUAGCCACCCUUUGCCUUGAUGAGAGCUUUGGACACUUGCCAUUCUGUAUACCAGUCUCACUCUGCGGUCCAACUCGUCCCCAACCAUCUCAGUUGGGUUGAUGUCUGGUGAUUGUGGAGGACAGAUCAUCUGAUGCGGCACCACCACUCUCCUUCUUGGUCACUCUCCUAAUAUGGACUACAGUACAAUACAUGUAUGGUAUACCAGCCCUACCCUCACAACAAUACGGAUUGGCUCAAAUUAGGAAAGAAAUAAACAUUGGUUGAGAGAAUGCAGAGUGUGUGAAGCUGUCAUCAAGGCAAAGGUGUGGCUACUUUGAAGAAUGUGUAAUAGGAAAUGUGUACAUUUUUUAAUCACCUUUUGGUUAUUACAUGAGUCCAGGUUUUAUUUAAUAGUUUAUAUUACCUUGAAUGAGUAGGUGGGUCCUAACUUUUGACUGGUACUGUAUGUCAAAGUUGUAAAUAGCUAGUAUCUAACACUUUCAAAUGGAAGAGAACAUUGGUAAAUUGUCACUGGCAGACAUGUCACUGGCAGACAUGUCACUGGCAGUGCAUAUUGCACCUCCAUUGAGGGUGUUGCCGUGGAGCUGAUACAUGUUCUCUUCUGGCACACCCUAGAGGUUUGAAGUAUUUUCACAGAACUUCAUCAUAGAAGCUCACUCACUAUGCUAAGCUUCUCAUUCCCUAUAACGUAAUUAUUCUACUUAUCGUUCAACAAUAAGUGCCGUUUGAUUAAAUGUUUAUUUCAUGUUUUUGUUCGAUUUUCUUUUUUUUGGGGGGGGGGGGUUAAAAAAACAAAAACAAAUGGGAAGAUAGACUAUCUAUGAAGUGAACAUGGUUCUCUAGGAAAUCCAGAACUGUUAAAUAGAAAAUACUGCUCUGUUCUAGCUGUAUGCCUUCUGUUGUCCCCUAGUUACAUAUUGUGGACAGAGCCACUUGUCAUUUAAGAGGCCAUCUAAAAUGUCUUGAGAUAUUUCUCUUUUUUUUUUUUCUUGUUAUACAUUUACACUCGCUACAUGUUUGAUAUUAUCUGUACUGUUUCUCUAUUUCUUAUUAGCCUAUAACUGGUAUACUUAAUUUUACUCUACUGUUAUUAUUGCAAUAUAUAUGCUGUUCUAGUGCAGUUCAUGUUUGAGGGGAGAUGUAGUUAAUUUGUUGUGUGUAAAAUGUACCAGUGGUAAGAAGUGAUUUGAGGGAUGAUUAAGUGUGAAGGUUUUGAAGUGAUAAAGAGGACUUAGAGGAUAUCAAUAAUAGUUAUGCAGAGGUCGGUCAGUGAUCAUGGUCCACAUGGAAGUUGUGCUGAGUUUCAGGCACUUAUCUGGUGGGUGAUAUCCAGUUGAAUAUAGUUCCCUUUUCUCUUGAUCUAUUCUGUCUAAAACCUCUGUUUUCAAUUACUUUCUUGUUCAUUGGUAUGGAUUUGUGUGUGCACGUGUGUGUGUGUGUGUGUGUGUGUGUGUGUGUGUGGGGUUUCAGGGAUGGGUCUGCAGUGGCUAGAAUAGAACUGUUACUGUGGUUUCCAGCAAUAGUUGUGUGGUUCUUGAGCCAGUAUUGAACUCCACUGACUGAUGCUUAAGCAGGCCCAGUUUUGUGGAUUCUUUGGCUCUGCAAUACUGUACCAGAGAACUUUAACUCAUUGGGCACAUUUAUUUAUCAUCUUAAUAAACAAAAAGCCACAAUUUGGCAACAAGUUACUCCUCUGGACAUACUAUGAAUCAUCUAGUGAUGUGAUGCUUAAGCUGUGGAUAUUUUAUGUAGUAUACUCAAAUAGAUGCUAUUAUAUAAAUAUAUGUACUUCAGAGGCAAAUACAAUAAGCUAAAAUGAAUAUAAUAAUAUAGGAGAAUAUUGAACCGAAUCGAUUGUAAAUUGAUGAAAGCACUUUUAGUACAGUAUAAAUGUAUAUUUUACUCAUGUGAGCGUUCUUGCAUGCACAUUAUGAGCAGUUCAUCCUGUAUCACAGUUCCGUAUCAAUUCUUACCUUAGUUUCCCACUCGCCUAGUUCACCUAAUGUCAGCAUUGUGCCAUGACUCAUAUGUCACGUUUUACACAGUCCACAAGUAGCUUUGAUAAGCCACCCUGCCAUUUUAAAGUUAAAGCAGUGCCUUGGAGUAUGGAAAGGGCUGGGUGGUGAUUAUUUAGGGGAAAGGGUCAGAGGUGAAUAUGACCCUCCCUUCAUUCCCAACUUUGAACUCCAGAAAGUUGUUACCCACAGACUGUUUAUACAAAUGAAACAGUGCUGUGAAGUUAUUUUACCCCAUUUCUGAUAUAGAUUGUUUUGCAUAUUUUGACAGAUCUUUAACCUAACGUUACAUCAUGGGAACCAGAGUGGAAAUGUAGAUUUUUAAUUGAGUGGGCCAAGUUAGGCAACACUAAAUACCCCGUGUUUACCUCCUUCCAGCCGGUAAUGGUGGUGGCAGCUUUAGUUACAUGGCUGCAACCAAAACUUUUCUUUAAUUGUUCAUCUCUCUAUCUCUCGUCCAUAUGUGAAACAAAUGCUUUAACUCAGCUUCAGGCCAUUCUGACAUUUUACAUUUGUUGCCUUUCAGUCAUUCUCAUGUAGACCUGCUUGUGCACACUUGGAUUAUUGUCUUGCUCUAUGAAUCCAGUGGAAUUCAGCUAGCAUACCAUUAGCUAGAUUCUCCUUCACAAUUCUCCAGUAGCUCCUGUUAGGUCUGGCAAAAUUCGGCAGUAAGAACCUUGUACCAACAGUCAAGCAUGGUAGUAGUGCGAUGCUUUGUAUUGCUUCCUCUACAGCUGGAUGACUUUACAUUUUUUGAAGAUUCUGCUUAGCAUCAGGCUAUUGUAAAGGAGAACAUUUGGCCAUCAGUUGGUUUGUUUUGAAGUCAUUACAGCUGAACAUGACAAAAGUGAAUGAGUAUACUUUUUCACACAGGGGCUUCGGGUGUUGCUCAAUUUUAUUUAAAUGAACCAAAUGUAUAUCAAAAUGUUGUGUAGUUGUUUACUCAGUUUCCCUUCAGGUAAUAUUCCGUUUUGGGUGAAGAACCAAGUAGAUUUGGUGUCAAAAAAUAUGAAAAGAAUAAAACAAACUUAAAACAUGGGCAAUUACUUUUUCAAGGGAAUUUAAAUGGUUGCCUCCCUUGUUAAGGGCGUUGUGCCAAUUAAGUGCACUUUAAUAGAAACCAGAACAUCCCUACAUGACUCAACUGCUUUAAUAGAAACCAGAACAUCCCUACAUGACUCAACUGCUUUAAUAGAAACCAGAACAUCCCUACAUGACUCAACUGCUUUAAUAGAAACCAGAACAUCCCUACAUGACUCAACUGCUUUAAUAGAAACCAGAACAUCCCUACAUGACUCAACUGCUUUAAUAGAAACCAGAACAUCCCUACAUGACUCAACUGCUUUAAUAGAAACCAGAACAUCCCUACAUGACUCAGCUGCUUUAAUAGAAACCAGAACAUCCCUACAUGACUCAACUGCUUUAAUAGAAACCAGAACAUCCCUACAUGACUCAACUGCUUUAAUAGAAACCAGAACAUCCCUACAUGACUCAGCUGCUUUAAUAGAAACCAGAACAUCCCUACAUGACUCAGCUGCUUUAAUAGAAACCAGAACAUCCCUACAUGACUCAACUACUUUAAUAGAGACCAGAACAUCCCUACAUGACUCAACUAAUUUAAUAGAAACCAGAACAUCCCUACAUGACUCAACUACUUUGACAUUUUGUGACCCAGCAGAUGACUAGUUGUCAUUUUUUAACAACAUCGGCCACUUGCUGCUUUUUAAAGAUUUGAUCGACUCAGAGUGACUUUCUGUUGCCACCAUGUGGAAGAGUUAGUGUAGAGGAAAUACUUCAACUCUAGUUUCCAGGCCAAGAACUUAAAUCAACAUGCAUUUCAGAUCUCAAUCCAUACAAUAUGAUUGUGGCCCAUUCAUGUGACUGGACAUUGGCACAGGAUGAAUGUGCAAGGUGAUGGCAGCAAACCUAUCCAAAUUUGAGUGUAGAAAAUGCCUAUUAAGAUGCACCUCUGAUGUGACGGUUCUCCAGACAGUGGGAGGGAUUGCCGAUGUACUGUAGAAUAGCCAUAGGCCAUUCUGCAUUUGUUGAGAAUAGUUUGGUAAUAUUUAAUAUGUUCAAAUGAAACGUGUGACCGGGGUUUUGAUGCCCUUGAAAACACGGGACAUUUUUAUUUUCUUGUGGUUAGGUGUGUGGAUUAGGUGAGAUGCAGUGGGAAAGUAACUUAAUAUAUUCAGAAAUAACUAUUUUAAUAAAUGAUAAUGUCAAUUAUAUUGAGAGAUUUAAAUGGGUGAAUGUACAUCUAUAAAGCAGAUUUGUAUUUCGAUAACCAUUUUUAAUGUCUGGCAUAUUAAUCAAUCUAAGCACAAUGUAUUCUAAUUUACAACGCAGGGAGCAAAGCAAGUGUGGGUUUCUGUUAACAGAGCCGAUGAUAGGACUGUCUUUGUGGGUGUGACGGAUGCAUGAGUGAUGGUGGAGCUGCAUGCGUUUCCACUGGAGGUUUUGAUUGCUCUGGAUACAGCCAAACUAGUCAUGCUUCUGGUUCAGAGGAAAGGAGGCACCAGUGGGACCAUGAGGACAUAUGUGAGAUGGGGCAGCAGUCAACUGAGACAGAAAGGGGGUGGGUGGAUGGAGAGGGCCCAAUGUUUGUCUUCAUCAAGGAGUAGUUUAAUUAUUAAAAGCAAACCACUCCUUCUUGUUUUUCCAAUAUAAAUUCAGUAUCAGUGGAGUGUACUGGUACACAAUCAUCACCGUUAAACGGGCUUGGUUUCCUGGAUUUUCCUGCCCUACAGAACAUUUGCCAUAUCAGGGUUGUGACCUUUUCUCUUUCAUAAACAAGUAUUACGUUGAAUUCUCUGCCGUCUGUGUCUCAGUUUGACUUUGGUUGGGAGGGUGUUUAUUGUGGCCUUUGGCAGACACUGAAUGUAAUCUGGACUGUUUGUUUGUCUUGUUCAUUAAAUUGAUACCCAUACAUUGCUUAAUCUCUCUAUGGGGGGUCUUAAUCUCAAGGGAAAAUGCCUUCUAAUCCACAGCAUAAUACUUAAAACAGUUGUAAUUUGUGUAGUUUUGCAGUCUUGCAUUUGCCCAGUAUUUGCAUUUAUGAUGAAGUAUGAGGCGGGACAGAGAGCCUGCGUUUACACAGUGAAAUGUUGAUGUCUUCCGUAUCACAUGCCUAUUAGAUCUUCAUGUAAGCUGCAAUGUGUCUCUCAUCCUGAGGCAAUAUUUAUGUGACCUCAGUUUUGACUUUGUUGUGCUUUAAGGUGUUGCUGUUUUUAAUUUUUUUGACUGGCAACAUUUAAAGCAAGAAUGGGCAACUUAGUUGUUAAGUGGUAGUCAAUCAAUUAGACCAAGUUUAGCAAGGCAUUUAUGUUGGUGAACAAGAAUAACUUUAGCAACUGGCUAACGAAACUUAUGUAAAUCAUGGUCCCCCAUUAAUUUUGUCUGGAAGCAUUUAUUUUCACCCAGUGGCAACAUUUAGUAAAAAUACAGAGAAAUGGCUUUUAAAACUGCUAAUUCUUCUCUGCACCUUGUGGCUUAAAUGGAAUUGCAUGUAAGUUAUACAUCUUCAUAUCUUCAUAUGGCAAAUUGCUGAGUGUACAAUAGCAUAUUGUUUAAAGUGUUAUAAUGAAUUGAAGGAAAGUAGUUCCUGUCAGUUUUUCUCUCUGGCCCAUGUUAUGAGUCUUAUGUUAGUAACAUGUGGAACAGUAGACAGUCAAACAGAUAUUGAAUUUGGAUAUAAACAACAGAAUUGGGUUCGUAGGAUAGCUGUGUAAACACCAUAUUUUGAAUUAUCAGUUUGGUGGGAUUUCUUUGGGACCUGCUUCACACUGUGUACAGUAGUCACAGACUAAUCUGAUUAUAUAGUCAGACUGUACAACAUUAUGUUGAAUCCUCUGGUUGAAUAAAGGUAAAGUAUGAAUGUAUUUGUUAUUUUCAAUAGAUGCGAUUGUUGUUGGAAUCAAUACAGAUGAAAGUGGGGAAGCUAAAAAAAAAAUAUCAUUGGAUUGGUCUAUAGUUUCUUUAAUUAUCCAUUUUUUAUAAUCUCUUGUUUUUGAGAUUUGAGAUGUCUUUACAAUGUUAUUUGUUUCUGUUUUUGAAGGGUUAACUCCAGAUUGUAUUUAAUAGAUUGAUGAGCUUUCUAGUUUGAAAAGAUUGUGUUGAAUGAACUCAUGAGUCUGUGUGUCAUAAUGCAGAAUUGUUUGAAAAAUAAAACUACAUUGAUCUCAUCUGAAA